AUUGUCUACAAUGGGUUUAACUUGAUUGUUGCUGAUCUUUGUUCAAUGUCCAUGCUGUACAUAACCAACCGACCAAAAGGCAGCGGCAUUAUUGCUACACAAGUUUCACCUGGUAUUCACGUCUUGUCUAAUGCAAAGCUUGACAGCCCGUGGCCUAAGGCUCAAAGAUUGGAGCAAAGCUUUAAGGAUCUGAUGGAUAAAUAUGGAGGAGGAGAGAUCCCCUUAAAAGAGAUGUCUGAAAAAUUAAUGAAUGACACAACUAAAGAUGAUGAAAGCAAAUUACCUCAGAUUUAUCCCCCAGAGUGGGAAUACCAUUUGAGUUCCAUAUUUGUUGAUGCUGAUAUGCCUACGGGACGUUAUGGUACGAGAAGUACUUCCGCAUUGGCUAUGAGUACAAGUGGGAACAUAACAUAUUUUGAAAAGCAUCUUGAUGCAGACUUGUGGAAGGAGCAGAUCAUCAGCUUCCAGAUUAGGAGAGAAACAAUGACAUAGUGUCCUCUUUCAAGAUAGUUUGAACUAAACAAUGCUGUAACAAAUAUAGGUAAAUCUACUUCACAAUUCUUGUAUC